CGGGAGCACAGAGCAGAAAAUGCACAUUCUAAUACAUACAUGUAGUGGACAUGUCGCAUAAGUGGCAUAUGUACCUAGGUACCUAAGGUUAGAUACCUGUCUCAGGUCUCAGCCAAGCCAAGCCGCGUCGACCCUCAAACUCCAAUACCUGGUGAUGAUGAUGAUGAUAAUGACGGUGGUGACUUUUUAAAUAAGCACCACAAUUAAAUCUCAUUUUUACCGGUUCAUCCCUCAAUUUUAACCAGCCCUUGAUGGAUUGGUAAACAACCUUACUACCGCAUUGAAUGAUACAUGUAAUACCUACAGCGCCGAAUAAUUCCCAUCUCUAAUUACCUUUACCUUCUCCCUAUCCCCGUCAUCCCGUCAUCCCGUCUAGACCUAAACACCCACAAUGUCUGAAGAAAAAGAAAGGAGCAAGAUAUCGCUCCGUAGCGGUCCUAAGAGGAAAGGUCGUCCUACCAUAAGCGCCCCUCGCCAGAUAUCAGAUCCCAUUCCACAAGAUGGGGUUCCGAUUCCUCGUAGCACCGGAGGGAAGGUUGGAACGAACAACGUGCCGCCACCCCGACAGCGACAGCCUCCCGCAACUGGUGGAAAGACUGGCGACCUUGUUAAGCGACGAUAUUCGACCCGUUUUAAUAAUCUCCCUAGUGAUUUCGAUCCAACUGCUCCUCCGAUCCCGUCUAUGCCCACCUUCGAUAUUUCCAAAUACGAUCAGCAGGCAUCGCGACCUCUAGCGCCCUCUUCGCGUGACGGACCAGGAGCUGGCGCGUCCAGGGGUGCUCCUCCAACCGUAGACCCUAAGGCACUUAGAGAUCCGAGACUCGUCCCCGAUCAGUAUGUCGCUAAUAUUCUUAGCGAGGCUACUGAAGAUGAGAUUAGAGAUUACGAAACUGCCCUUCGCAAGCUGAAGAACAGGGCGUCUGCAGAUUUACAGCAGAGUGUCUACCAAAAUAGGGCACAGUUCAUAAAAAUUAGUAAAGAGGCCGAGAAAUUGAAGUCCGAGAUGCGCACUUUGCGCAAUCUGUUUAAAGAGUUAGCCACGAAUACGAAUGCGCUCCGAGCUGCAUCCGGUAACCAUGGCAGCUCUAUGAAUGGAGAGUUCUCCACCGGUCUAAGCAAGAAGGACAAGCGUAGCUCGGUAGCGGAUAGGACCGUUCUUUGGAAUACUCAAAUGCAAGUUCUGUACAAGAACGUGGAGGGUUCUCAGAAGUUUUUACCCAACUCGAUGGGUAGGCACGUUAUCCAGGAUGCCGGUCCUUGGAUUGAGCUCGACAAUGCGACGUACAAGUCAAGGAGAUCUAUGCAAAUAUUUCUUCUCAAUGAUCACCUUCUCGUCGCUUCGCGGAAAAAACGUAAGACGGAUAACCCGAACGACACGCGUGGCCCAGCUACCAAGUUAGUUGCGGAUCGCUGUUGGCCGCUUUUGGAUAUCGAGGUUGUCGACAUGGCCGCAACCUCGGAAGCAUACAGCGGCAGGAACAAGCUGGCGGAUGCUAUCAUGGUUCGGGGCGUCGGUCAGGAGUCAUUUAUCUACAGGACAGAAAAGCAGGAAGACCCGGAGAAACCAGCAUUGUUAUUGAACAUCCGAAAAGCCGUUGAGGAAUUAAGGAAGAACUUGCAGUCUGAGAUGGAGGCGAAUAACAAGGCUAAAGAGACUAUUAACUACUUCGCCUCCCGAGAUCCGGGUUUACUGCAAAAAACGGAGCUACUUGAGACGCUCUCUGACAUUAAGGAUAUGUUAAUCGAGGUGGACGGGAAACAGCAAAAUCUCCGCUGGGUGGAAGGUCAGAUGGAUGAGCUGGAUAUCGAUAUCGCCCUUCAGAAAUUUGAUCUGGCAGUCGAUCGUGUCGAGAAGCUGCAAAAGCUCGCCCGUGGCCUGAAGAACAACGUUAUAGCGCAAGAUUUUAUCGACUUCAAGAUCGAGGAGAGAUGUUCCAAGUUAGCUGGUUUAAUCAUACGGGAACUGGUCGACUCGCAUAGCCAGCCGCUUAAAACAAAACGUAAUGUCGAGUGGCUCAACAGGUUAGGGUUCGAAGACCGCGCCAGAGAUGCAUAUCUUAAGGCUCGGAGUGACUUGAUCCAGAAGCGUUCAAGACAAUGCAUCUUCCAAGGCGAUCUUCACCUCUACAUCUGGCAAAUCUCGUUUGUCUAUUUCAGUAUAAUUAAAAACACGGUGAACUGCUUCCAGAGUUGCUUUCCGUACACGAUGAUGAGCGCCUGUGUGAAAUGGGCCAAGGAAGAAGUGGAUGCUUUCAACGUAAUUCUGGCGAGGCAGCUGAGCAGCACGGAAAGGGAUGGCGUGGUAUGGAGACAGUGUAUGGAGAGAGCUAAGCUCCACGCCGAAAUGCUCUCGGAAGUGCAGCUGGACUUUGGAGAUCUGGUGGGCAGGGAACCUCAAGGGGCGAAAGCUAAUGGACCGGUUGGACUCGGGCUGGCGUAGGCCUUUUUUGAUGAUGUAUCAUUAAAUAGCCUUGCCUUCUACUAUUUGAACAUAAUCCUGAUCGAUCUUCUGGUAUUAUCGAGUAUGAUUUUACGAUUGGAAUAUAAAUAUGUGUGUAUAUACAACACCUACCUAAUCCAUGCAUGGGCUAGAGGUAGUCUACCUCCUAAAGUGUUUAUUGAAAGGUAGAGGGGAUCCAGCUGCUAGAGAAUUAGGUAGGUAGGUACCUACCUUACUUAUUAUAGGGGGCAAGGGGCUGAGGGUAGAAGGGGGC